AUGGUUUUUGGUCGAUCCCUUACAGAAUCACGUCUCAUCAGCUCUGCCAACUAUGUCCGGACCGAAUUACCUACACGGAUUGCGCAUCGCAUUCGAGAUAUGCAACGCCUACCAUACGUCGUCACCACGAAUCGACACAUAAAAGAAGUCUAUGACCUUUACUAUCACGCUUUUGACACGUUUCGCAAAUUAAAGGAAGUUAAAACUUUGGAGGACAACGACAGGCUGUGCGAACUUAUAAGCUUUAACUUAAAGGGCCAUUUGACCGUGAUACCGAAACUCUCUAUGGGUAUUCUAGAAUGUGGCGGGCUGAUGAGUCCCAUUGAUUUGGACAUUUUCAUGAACACUAUUCUCCGAUCGCGGAUCUCCAGACGAGUCAUCGCUGAGCAGCAUCUGUCCUUAACAGAAACAUACAACUCGCCUAACUUCUCACCUGGUGCUACACUUUCAGAGUCGGACUUCAUUGGCGAAGUCUUUAUCAAAUGCUAUGCCAAAGACGUUGUUGAACGCUGUUCAAAGGCCAUCACCGCUCUUGCUCGGACUACCAAUGGUCCCGACGUCCAGAUACCUGAUAUCAAAGUGGAUGGCCAUCUCGAAGCUUCUUUCCCCUAUAUCCUCAGCCAUCUCGAGUACAUUAUCGGUGAACUCCUUCGAAACUCUGUCCAGGCUGUUAUCGAUCGACAUCAGAGACUUCACCCGGAUCCUUAUAACGUGAAGCCCCCCCCUGUGGAGAUCACCAUCUGUGAAAACCAGCAACAUGUAAUCAUUCGAAUAUGCGAUCGUGGUGGCGGCAUUCCUCGUGCUGAGUUGCCGCACCUAUGGUCUUUCAGUAAGGGACCGCAGAGCCAGAGGCGUCUCGAGAACCUCGCCCAAGUGCCAAAGAUGGCAGCAACAAUGCAAGAACUUCAUGUGGAGGAGGAGCUGGGACGCGCAGACCUGAAAGCACCACCAUACCAGAGUUCCUUAUCAUCUCUGACAAGUCGGCCGCCCAAUUUACGGCUCGGCAUGGGCUUACCCCUGAGCCGCGUCUAUGCCGAGUAUUGGGCUGGGAGUCUCGACCUGCAUAGUCUCGAAGGCUACGGAACGGAUGUAUUUCUGCAGAUUUCGAGACUAGGGAACAAGAAUGAGCAGCUGACUACACGAGCCAGCAUGGAUGCUUUAUAG